UAUUUUCAGAUACAAAAGUCUUAUUCUAAUAUUGGAUAUGAAGAAGGUAAACAACUAUAAAAGUAUUUAAUGGUUCUCAACAAUAAGGAGUUCUUUUAGGUUUCACUUUAAACUUCAAAUUAAACAAACUCAAUUUUGGUGUUUGGUCAACAUUUGACGUAUCAUUUUUCCAAAAUCCAGUUUUCCCAAGAUAUUCAAAUAUACUGCCGCCAAAGUGAAGAAGUAAAAAAGAAAAAGGAAACAAAGUUUUUUCAUAAUCCUAAUUCGUUUUGGAAGAAAAAUAACCAUAAAAUUAUAUAAAUACAUGCCCCCUCCAAUCCACCUCUCAUAAUUUAUGCAGUUUGAUCAAAUCCAUAAUCAGUCAAUCAGAUAUAGGGACCUGAUAUUUUUGAGUUGUAUGUUGAGAGUGCGAGAGCAGGCGAUGAUCUCCACUGACGCAUCCGAAGUGUCACCACAACACAAGAAAAGAAGUAAGAGGACGAAUAAGGAGGAGGCUUCUCCAUCAUGGUCGUCAUUGCCAGACGCUGUGGCUCGUGCUUCCGCAUCGGCAAGCCUAGUAGACGGGAAGAUAUACGUGUUCGGAGGGUGCGGGGACGACUCUAAUUCCUCCAACUGGGCAGAGGUGUGUGAUCCGAAGACCCAAACCUGGCGUACCUUUGUUACACCGAAGAUGUUCCACACUAUCGACCAAAGUGUUGUAAUACAAGGGACGAAGGUUUACGCGGUUGAUGAGGAGGAACAAAGCUUCUACUUCUUGCCAAGUGAAUGUACAUCCUGGACAAGCGGAAAAAGAGAUACCAUGCCAGGAUACAGAAGCGAUUGGUGUGCCAUUGGGGAAUUGUUAUUUUGUCGUGGAACUCGCGGGAGAAUACUGUGGUGUGAGCCAGAUGAGUUGGAUUGGAAGGAAGUGAAGGGCUUGGCAGAGCUGCAAGAGUCUUUCUCUGGCUCGAGACACGUCUUGGAGUAUAGUGACAAAUAUUAUGAACUAUGUAAACCAACCAAGACCGAUAUCAAAUAUGAUAUUAGCAAACUAUGUUGCAACUCUGCUGGGAACAUUGUCAUCUUCUGGAACACGCAGCUUGAAUAUCCUGAGGGUUUGGAGCUUAGGUCUGCGGAGAUGCACGAGGGAGGCGAGAUUUGUGGGAAGAUUGAGUGGUCUGGUGUUAUAUUGAGAGAUGAUCCUCUCUCAUACUCAUUUAGCCUUAAGGUCUUAUAUUCUGCUCCUGUCUAUUCAUGAAAUUAAAAUCUUAUCACUCCUUUGGUUAAACUAUUUAUUUGUA